AUGCCAGCUCCUUCGCCAAUCUCAAUCGCCACUUCGGUGGUCAACAGGCUCGUCAAGGAAGAGAAGUCUUACCAACGUGAACACGAAUUGCAGAAAGGCCGAAUCGCCAAGCUUGAAGCCGGUCAAGGUGACGAUGAGAAUGCAGAGUACAUCUUGAGGCAGGAGCGCAAAGUCCUAGAAGAGACUGAGGCCAUGUUUCCUCAACUCAAGCAGAAGAUCACAGAUGCCAAGGAGAAGCUCGAGGCGCAGCUGGAGCAGGACAAGAGCUCAAGUGAUCAGAGCAACACGCCUGACGAUAUCACAAAAGCCAAGGAAGCCAUUGCCGCUGCGGAUAUUGCUAUUCGCGAGUCUUCAUAG